AAACAUGGGUACCGGUCAAAUACCCUGGAUGUUACCAACGUACAUCGUUCUGAGCUUUUUAACACUGAAAUUCCUUUACGUGGAUAGUUCUGAGCUCUUAUCAACUGGCUCAACUUAUCAUUACAUCUCAACCGGAAGUUACAUCGAUGCUAGUCGAAUCACGGCAGCGUCUACUGACUCACAGUACCAUGACAUGGCACAUCCGAAAGACAAAUGGGUGAACAUCACUUGGGUGAAAAGCUCCACUUCCUCCAUAUCUAUCGCAUGGGCUUGGCACAUGCGCAGCGAGAACGCUUUUCAAUCGACAACAACGGUGUCAUCAUUGUCGGCGGCAACAGCAGCAGUAUCAUCAGCAGCGGCGCCUUCUUCGACGCCGUCGUCGUCUUCAACUGGACGGUAUUUAACAAAGUUUCACACAGCCCCACAUUUCCACAAGCAGCCUGACCCAUCGCUUUACGUUCCUUCACCCGUCGCUUUCCUCGGGUGGAACGUGGAAUAUCACCUUAAGACCGGAUCUUUCAUGUCAAAAAUGUUACCACCUGAGACGAAUUCCUAUUCGUUGACGGGACUACAGAGCAACACCGCCUACAACGUGUGCGUAAGUGUUCAACCGCACCCUACUUACAUUUGGCCGUUAGCAACGCGGAAAUCACACUGCCUCACACUUUGGACAGUCCCGCUGAUAAGACGGGACAGCAUAGUUGGCCUUCUGCUCUGUUUCGGCUACUACGCACUCAUGAUAGGUUUGGGCGUGUGGCAGUGGAAACGGCGAGUUUACCUCAGUAAACGCUGGAGGCGCAACUCUAUAGAGGAUCACAGCGAAGAUAAACAGAGUGCAGUGGUACGUUGGAGAGAUCUCGAUGAAAGCGACGAGAAGUCGCGCCUAAAAGAUUAAAACUCACCUUACCCAUGAAAUCCAUACCUCCCUGUACCACUAUCACAGCUUUGUUUCGCCAAAUGUACUCGUCAAUGGGUUGAUGAGGAUCGUUGGCCAAACCAGGCUGGUUUGGUUGUACGAAACAUUUAGAUACGGAUUUUUAAUCCUGGUUACCAAAACAUAUACAAAUAUACACGCAUACAGACACGUAUACCAUACGUGCAUAUAUGCACACCUAUAUGAAUACAUGUACAAGCAUAUGCAUAAACACGCGCACACAUUCAUUUGCACAUAUAAUUACAGUAUACCUUUAUAUAGAACACAGCGUAAAUAAGUAAAGCUGAACCAUCUAUAAGGGAGAUACAUUUACAUUUAUUCAUUUGAGAGUCUUACCUCUGUAGACGAAGACAACACGCAAACGUCCUAUCGUUCUCUCAACUAAACAAAGAAUUACCAGUUAUAUUUCUGUUCACUUAAGAGACCAGUAGAAUGUUUACGCAGGCGCGUGCGUGUAUGUGUGUGAGGAUGCAUGUAUGUGUGCUUGUAUGUAUUCAUUAAACUAUAACACACACACACAUACGUAUAUAUAGAGAGGUUUUUUUUUUUACUGAAAUCGUUGCUGAGAGUUCAUUAUGUGACUUGGGUUUCGUUUCCCUGCGAUCCUCAGGGGAAAGAUCUUCACGCUGUGACGUGAAACUGAAGCCGCGAGACAAACUCUCAGCUUGAAUUUCAAUAAAAUAAGUGUAUCUCUCGCAAAACA